UUCCUACCAGCACACAGCACUGCACUCCAUCCUCAGUUCAGCAUACAUCGCUCCAGCCUCUGCAGGCACUCACAGAGCUCACAUCACCGUGUGAUCACAUCGUCUCUAUUAGCGGAGGGGAUUGUGGAGGGGAUCACACAGCGCCAGGGAGUUGUAUCACACAGGACUGGGAAGUUGUGUCGCACAGGACUUGGAAGUUGUAUCACACAGGACUUGGAAAUUGUAUCACACAGGACUUGGAAGUUGUGUCUCAUAGGACUGGGAAGUUGUAUCACACAGGACUUGGAAGUUGUGUCGCAUAGGACUGGGAAGUUGUAUCACACAGGACUUGGAAGUUGUGUUAAACUUAUAGAGGACUGGGAAGUUGUGUCGCAGGAAGUUUGUGAAGUCGGUGCAGACGGAGAAGUUUGCGCAGACAGGGAGGUCGGUGAAGACAGGGAGGUCGGUGCCCACUCCGCACACACUGAGCACUCCGGGUCCGGGCAUGUCCCGGGCUUCUGGCUGACAUGGAGCCCUCCGACCCCCUGUACCUCCCCCCGCGGCCGGCCCGCCGCACUCAGUGGCUGCUCAGCGUCCUGGCUCAUCACUACGGACUGGACCGCGGGACGGACAAUGAGAUCAUAGUGCUGGCCGGCGGGCUGGACCAAUACCUGCAGGAGGUGUUUCAUCACCUGGAUUGGAGGGGAGAGGGCACCAUCUCCGGGGAAGCGUUCCGCACCCUCUGCGGGGUCCUGGACCUGGAGCCCGGGAUGGAUGAGUGCGAGGGGCUGCUGGAGCAACUGCCGGAGCGCCUCACCUUCCGACACUUCCAUGCCAAGCUCUGCGGGCACUUCAGCGCAAAAGCCGGGGCCCUCCGCCUGCCUGGGAGCCGAGAGAGCCAGAUGAACAGGAAGGAGAGUCCGGGGAUGACCCUGACAGAGGAGGACCAGGAGAUAAAGAGGCUGGAGAAUGAGAACCGACAUCUCCGGGAACUGCUGGAGGACCUGAGGAUGGCGCUGCAGAGCAGUGAUGCCCGCUGCCUGGCACUGCAGGUUGGCCUACGCAGAAAUCUUGCUUCACAGAAAACUGAAGACAUCUCAAGCAUCUCCAACAGUCGGGUGUUGUCCCAAAGUUACACUGUAACAACAAGAUGUGUCCAGAGAGAGAUUAACCUGCUCCAGAGCUCCAGAGAUGAACAGUUGGAGGAAGUGAUAAAAAUGAACAAAGACUUGGAAGAAGAACUGAGCAAAACUCAGAAUGUCCUAAUUUAUUUAGAGGAAUGUAACCAACGACUGAUGAAAGAACAGGCGGAGACAAGAAAGAAAACAGCAGAUGCCCGACAAGCAUUGUUGGCAUGUUAUGGAAAAGUGAAGGGCUUGGAAGAAAAAUCAAAUGAGGUUCCUUAUCUCAAGAUGCGUGUAGAUCAGCUGGAGACUGAACUACAACAUUACAGAUCAGAAGGGAUGAUUAGCUCGGUGACACAGGAGCAGAAAAUGUUCGCCAUGAGAUCAGGUCCUCCAGUCAGAAAAGCAGAGAGCACAUUCCCCACUGAAGAUAUGCAUAAUGUUCAGAGUGUAGAUGAUCAGUUGUUUCGCUCAGUAGAAGGGCAAGCUGCAUCUGAUGAAGAGGAGGACAGGCGGAUAGGGGAAACGGCAGCAGAAGUGCAGCAGAUUCUGUCCAAUGUCUCAUGCUGUGCAAGUGGGUGUGAAGACAGGAGAAUACGAACGUUUCUGUGUGAUAUCAGGUCUGAUGGUAGUAAUUACAAGAAUAUGCUUGUCUUAUGGGUCAAGAAGGUUGCCAAAAUGACAGAAGAGCUGGCAGUUAAGGAACAGGAAAUGAAGGACCUGGAGACUCUAAUGGAAGAGAUGAAGACACCAUUCACUGAAGAACUGGAAAGGAAAUCUGAGGAAAUUGAGUUGAUGAGGAUAGAUCUUCAGAUGCUGGAAACAGAGCGAGUUCGGCUAUCUCUGAUUGAGGAGAAGCUUCUUGAUGUUCUACAGCUUCUUCAGCAACUACGUGACCUGGAAAUCUCCCAACAGGAAUUGGGAAGAGUGUUACUGAACACCUUGGAGAUAUGCAGGGAGCCCCAGCAAGGAAAAGAACAUAUUUAUGAAGUCUUGGACACUUUGCGUCAUGAACUGUCAGUCUGUGAGCUACUCCAGAGCCAACAGGAGAAGAAAGACAGCAAAGCGCAGUCCUUGGCCAACUCGCUAGUCAUCUCUUGUUGAACAACAGCGCCACCUACAGCCCCGUCAUGAAUGUACACCCUCUGAACAGCAUCUAUCUUUUAUCAGCUCCUUCGAGUUUGUUGAUAAGCACAGGACCAGCUCUAAUCCAUCUGCCUCAAGCUGCUCUCCAGUAUCUGAAUCACACCAUGUCAUAGCGGUGCAUUGUGGGUAGAGUCGAAUAAAUAAGCUCAUGAAACAUU